AUGUUUGAGAAAGUAGCUACUAUGAGUAAGGAAGCAUGGGAGAUCUUGCAAAACUCCCACAAAGGAGUUGAGAAGGUGAAAAAGGUUCAACUUCAAAAACUUGGAGGCGAGUUUGAAGCUUUGCAUAUGAAAGAAUCGGAAUCAAUUUCUGAUUACUUUUCUAGAGUAUUAGCUAUUGUGAAUCAAUUGAAAAGGAAUAGAGAAAAGUUGAAUGACACUCGAGUAAUUGAGAAGAUACUUAGGUCUUUAGAUUCUAAAUUUGACUACAUAGUUGUAACCAUUGAGGAAUCUAAAGAUCUAGAUAGUAUGAGUGUCGAUCAACUCAUGGGAUCUUUACAAGUCCAUGAAGAAAGACUAAGGAAGAAGGUGAAAGAAGAGCCAUUAGAGCAAGCUCUUCAAACAAAGUUCACUUUGAACGAGGUGAAGGAAGGUUCAAUAGUAGAAGAAGCCAAGAGGAAGAGGACGAGGACGAGGCCAAGGAAGAAUUGCAUUCUACAAGGAGGAAAGAAGACAAAGUUCAUUUUCUACCAGAAGUCGCGGAAAAGGAAAAGAUACGAGAAAGUAGAAAUAUUACUAACCAAGUUGAGGAGAAAGCCAACUAUGCUUGUCGGGGAAAGUGAAGUAGAUCCUGCACUACUGUUGGCUUACAAAGGUGAAGAGAGCAGAGAAAAGAAUACUUGGUAUUUGGAUACAAGAGCAAGCAACCAUAUGUGUGGAAGAAAAAACAUGUUUGUGGAGUUUGAUGAAUCAAAUAACAUUUUAAGUUUGGGACAACUCUUAGAGAAGGGCUAUGAUAUUCAUUUGAAAGAUUAUAGUUUUUCAAUAAGAUACCAAAGAGAAAUUUUGAUUGCUAAAGUCCCUAUGACAAGAAAUAGAAUGUUUGCGUUAAGCAUUCAAAAUGAUGUCGCUAAAUGCUUAAAAGCUUGUUUUAAAGAUUUAUCUUGA